UUUUAUAAUCUACAUUCAAUCCCCAUCUGCGAAACGAUUCACAUGUAGACGAACAAACAAACAAACAAGUGAACGAUGUCUUCGAAACUCACCAUUCUGACAUUCACCGCCAUUAUUUCUAUUGGCUAUGGUUUCACUAUAAGAGACAUAUGGGACUAUUUAUUAGGAGGCGGCUACUCCCAGUACCCGUACGGUCAACAUCCAGGCCAGUAUCCCAGUGGACCAGGAGUAUAUCCUGGAGGACAAUAUGGGGGCCAAUAUGGGGGACAAUAUGGCGGGCAGUAUGGAAACUAUCAUCCCGGGUUAGAAGGUCCGCCUGGUGCUCAUCCCGGCUGCCCGCUUUGUGACAUGUCCGUAUACAGCUAUUGCUCUCGUAAGCAGGCACACGAUUCCUGUUGCUGUGAAAAUUCUGGAUAUCAACAAUUCUCUUGCCGAAGGACUGAUUGUAAAUUCUUGUACGCGAAUUCCUGUGAAGAAUACCACCUGAUAACAAACUGUUGUUGUGUUGAUUUACAAAAGAGCGCUAUAGCUCCAUCUAUAGUAGCUGCUCCUGUUGUCGCUUAAGCCACCGACAAGAGAUUUAAAGUCAAAUUAGUAUAACAUAAUUUACAUAAUCAUCGAUAUAAUUAAAAUUAUUCUUAAGUAAGAGUUACGUUAUUGAUAGGAAAAUAAAGUCUAAAAUUCCCAAUCAAAAUAAUAUUAGCAUAUUGCUUUAUGUCAUUAGUCAUUUACAUCAUCAUUUUCAUUUCAUUACC